AAUUUCCGUUUCUUCACCCUGGACAACCAAAACAGUUUUGGAGCCUCGCGCCCUCUGGACUCUACCACUUUCCACAAGUGGGAGGGGGCAAGGGACAACGUUUUUCUGGAUAAUAGUCAGAACGUAUUCCACCAUGUAGAGACAAGUACACCAUAUAUUUAUGUUUUUGUUAUAAAAGUGCAUGUUAUUGUUUUAAUGCUGAUUUUGGCACUCAAUGAAAAGCUAUUCGGUGUGGAAAUUGUGAGAGUCACCACUGCACAGGAAGUCGUAUCCAACAUCUGUAGCUAAUCUAGAGCGAGUACUACGGUUUUGAACUAAUCACAAAAAAUAACGAUUUGUUUUCACUGGUUAACUGUGAUAGUAAUUAGACUACAACGGAACGUAUCGGUUCUGCGGAAACAAGACCGGAAGAGAAAGUGUACAGGAGUGCUGCUACGGAUAGAUUUAAAGGUAACACCAGUUGGAUGCAUGUGAGAGGCAGUGACAGUGCUGUCCUGGAUACAAAGCAAUGCGGCGACUGUAUAUCGGUGGGUUGAGCCACGCAAUCACUGAGAAGGAUCUGAAGGAUCGUUUCAGAAAGUUUGGAGAUGUGGAAGAUGUGGAGCUCCGAACCAGGAGGGACGAGGAGGGUGUUCCUUACAAAACCUUCGGCUACAUUAACAUCAACAUUUCAGAUGCUGACCUGAAGAAAUGUUUGACAGUGCUGAACAAAUCCAAAUGGAAAGGAGGAACUCUGCAGAUUGAAACAGCCAAGGAGAGUUUCCUGCACAGACUGGCUGAGGAGCGGCAGGCGGCAGCAGAGCAGCAUCUCCAGCAGCCUACAGCUGAGGACAAGACACCGAAGCUGCUGCAUUCGCUGAGCAAAGUCGGCGUGGACAACUUCACUAUGAAGGCUGCAGUGCCAGGGACCGAAGUGCCAGGACACAAGGACUGGGUGGUCAGUAAAUUUGGACGAGUCCUCCCCAUCCUGCAGCUCAGGUGUCGCAAAGGCAAUAGAGUUCGAACCCUGAAGUAUGACCCUUCGAAGUACAGCCACAACAUCCGCAAGCUGGACAAGACCACCGCAGACCAGUUCACACCUGUCACCCAGCUCACCUGGGCGUUGCCGGGUGGAGAGGAUGACAUCAGCAAGAAGAGGCGGGGAGAGUUCCCUCCAUAUGAGCCACCAAGACCCAAGAAGUAUCGGACACACACGGUCAACUCCUAUAAUGCUGUGGUUCAAAACAGAUUGGAGCCGAUUGUUCACACUGAGGCUCAUCAGUUCACCACCGCAUUUGAGCGACCAACCAACCACAGAAUGGCUCAGAAGAGGGGGCCACAUUUGACAGACAGUGAUGUUGACUCAGACGAGGAGAUCCGUAGGCUGGUGGCAGCUCAGCAGACUUCACCUGGUGCACAGUGGCAGGGAUUGGAGGACGAUAACCUGGAAGUGGUUGGAUUUGACUACUUAGUGAAGCAGCAGAAAGGAAGGCCAGAUGAGGAUGACUAUGACUCAGCUGACACAGAUGAGCUCUUGGCCUCCAGAAAAGCUCCUCCUCCACUACAGGAGGAACUGAGCCCACCCACUGCCGAGCACCUCUCAGGGAAGAACACAGACAGGAGAAGAAAGACAAAGAAGACAAGUAAAGCUUCAGAGCAAGAGGAAGAGGAGGAGGACAGUUCAGCAGAUUCUGCAGAACACCUCACAUCCAGAAAACCUUCCUCCUCACAACAAAGAGGGAAUUCUGGUAAACGGAAUUCUCAGACACAAGGCAAUAGCACUGAAACCCAAAGUAAGAAGAUGACAGUCCUCCCUGUUUUAAAACUCCCCUUCUCAGAAUCAGAUAGUGAUGAGGAUGAUGAAGAUGACGAGGAUGUGCAAUCUGCUGAUUCCAGUUCAGAUUCUGAUUAUGAAGCCAUGUUUUCAAAUGUCACUUGCCUAGAGAUCUCCCUGGCUGAUUUACAGAGGCUAGCUAAAGAGUCCCAGCCAACCUCUGAAACUCCAGCUCCCAGCAUCCUUGGUGCCACUCCCAAACUAGAAACUAACCUCGCAUCCAGUUCUGUAGAACAACCUGCUCCUAAAAAAGGCACUUUGCCAGAAGAGAUCCUUGCCGCCAUCAUGGAGGAAGACAGCAGUGAGGACGAACAAAAAAAGAAGAAAAAAAGAAAAGUUGUCAUGUCAAAACUGCCUGCCUUCCAGGGGACAGUAGCACUGAAUGAGGGGUCAGAAACAGACAGCUGUCUGAAGAGACAGAAAAAGGAGGAUGAGGGAAGAGGAAAUGCAGUCAGAAAACAGAAGCUGUACUCCGACACCCAUCAGGUGAACCACAGAGCAACAGACGGCAAAACCAGCAGGUGUCUGAGCAGACAGAAACUCACAGGAACAGAGAAGAAGACUCCAGAGAACAGUGAGCAGGAAGAGGAAGAAGACGAUGAGGAGAGAAAGAAGGAGGCUGUGAGGAACAUGGCAGCUCCAAAUGUUUUAAACAUGGUUCUGGCUAAACCUGCUGUACACUCUGAGAAAGCUGGUCCUGGUUCUGCCUCUAGCUGCGAUGAGGAGGAGGAAGAGGAGGAUAAGAUGAAAGCCAAUCAGACUGUUUUUAUAGCUAAAGCUGCAGCAAAGACUUUAUCUUCAUCCUGCACUGAGCAAGGCAAGGACAAGCAAGAUGAUUCUGCUGAAGAUGUGGUGAAAACGGCACCUCCCCCUGCUGCUCACAGUGAGUCCUCCUCCAGUGAGGAGGAAGAGCAAGCUCCUCGCCGGGUGCCGUUAGGAGCUGAGGAGGAAGAGAAGCGGCAAAGGAAAGCCAACUUGAGGAGGCUUGCUGCUGUCCAGCAGAGACAGAAAGAGGCUGAAGAACACAAGAGGCUCAUCCGGGGAGCUCUGGCCAAGCUGGACACCCCUACAGCAGGAGCAGGGAAACAUGUCAUCUUUGGUUCUGAUGAUGAAGAAGAUGAGCAAGUGACAACCUCAGAGGUCAAAAGGUCAAAGAAAACCCUGUUCCAGAACAGCCAAUCAGAUGAUGAGUCCUCAGGCAACAAGGCAUUAGCCAGUGAGGACAGCACAAUGAAAGAGAAGGUGCGUCUGAGGCCAUCGGCCCCUCAGCUGUUUGAUGGCAGUGAGGAGGAUGGUGAUGAAGAGGAAGAUAAAAACAGGUUUGACAUCAGGCCUCAGUUUGAAGGUCGAGCAGGACAACAGCUGAUGGAGCUGCAGUCCUGCUUUGGGGUAGACAGUCGUUUCCGGAUGGACACUCGCUUCCUAGACGAUGAUGAGGACAAAGAGGAGGAGUCAGAGGGGAAAAGGAAAGUGACAGAGGAAGACGAGUCUCUGGAGGAGGAGAGGAAGAAGAAUAUGUCCAUCCUGCAGAGCAUCAUCGGCAGCAGCCAGCAAACCUGCAGCAGCAAGAUGUCCGGCAAAGCCAAGACCUUCAGAGACAUCUCAGCACUGCACUAUGACCCCACCAGAGAGGAACAUGCUGCUUUUGAGACCAAGAAGGAGAGCAAGGCUGCCAGUAAGAAGAGGGAAGAGGUUCAGAAGCUUCCGGAGAUUUCUAAAGAGAUUUAUUACGACGUGUCUGGUGACCUGAAGGCUGUGUUUGGUUCAACGAAGAAUGACGUUGCUGGAGGAGAAGUGAAAAAGAGCUGGGAUCAAGAGGAGAAAGACGAGAGCGGAAAGGAUGAGGAGCCGACCGUGCUGUCAUCUCUCCUCUGGGCUGAUCCCAGUGCAGAGAAAGAGGCGUCAACUGGAUUUAAAUUCUCCUUCUUUGGUGAUGGCACAGAGACAAAAAGUAGAGAGACGGUAGACUACAAGGUGGAGAGCAUCCAGGCACCAAAGGUGUCGUGGCAACAAGACCCACGUUUGCUUGACAGCAGCUCAGAGGAUGAUGAGGAAGAGCAGGAGGAAGAUGAGGAGGAUGGCAGCGCUGCAGCCAAAACAACAGAAGAGACUCCUCCAAAGUUGGAUCUGUUCUUCUUCUACCCAGAUGACAGCAGACUGACAGAAGGUCCCAAGUUGUUCUGUCGCUCGUCUCAGCUGGAGGAGCAGUGGGAGGAGAGGAGGAAAGAACUUAAACAGGAGUACCGCAAGAAACACAAGGACGCCCUCAGGAAGCUAAAGUCCUCUCAGAAGAGCUGAGGAUUAUGGGACAGGAAGUCUUUCAGUUUGCAUUCCCUGGUUUGGACUUAAAAAUCAGGAGCUGACACACUGGUUUCUUACCAAGUAUGAUCAUCCCCUCACUAUGCUUGACCGAAAUGACUUCCAGGUCGAGCGUGGAUUGAUGUCACAAGACUCUUAUACCUGCUCUGAGGAAGGAGGAGGAUGCUGGAGGAGCCUUGAGUGAGGGUACAUAAUGGUAUUGGACACUUCAGAGGAAAGGGCGUGUCACAUCUGUAUAAAUGUUCUUACCUGAUUCUUCUCACCUCGUAAUUUUUCUUCGUCUUUUUGACGCAUCUUUCAUAAAAAGGACUAAGACCCAAGGAAAAGAUGCAAGUGAGGGGAACAUGGACCCAUAUAAUAAACUUGGGGAAACGGCCAUUAUUUCUUCCUCUUGGUGCCCUAGACUUUAAACAGUCAGGAAUAGGGAGACCAAAUGGCAGCUGGAGAGACAUGAGGUGAACAUUCAAAAGGUCCAGGGUCACCAGAGUAUCACAUUUUUCUAGUUUUGUAAAUACUGACAGAUACUUUGUGGUCAGAGCUUCCUACUGAAACAGAAAAAUCUGGUUUUCUUGUUUUGUUAGCUGCUGUGGAAAUAAAGCUGAACUUAGGAACAGCAACCAAACACAGCUACAGGGAUCUAAGCCAGUUAUUGGCCAAAUAUUGAUUGAUUGAUUUUAUUCUUUCAAACAUGCAGAACAGAACAAAUGAACAAAUGGC